UCAAGCAAUCCUUUUCCACAAAAACCUCCAGUGUCCAAACAACCAAAGCACCAAAAUGACAAUCAUCAUUCUCACUCUCCUCCUCCUUCUUCCCUUAUCCUUCUUUCUUCUCCGUCUCCGGCGGUCACCGGAAAACAAAACCCCCAAAACCCAUCUCCACCUCCAACGCCGGAUCCCUUUCCGAGCUUCUCAAAAACACUCACCGGAUUCUUGACUGGACCACUGAUCUCCUCGCCGGAAGCCCCACCUCCACCGUUACCACCUUCAUGGCCACCAUCACCUCCAACCCUUCCAACGUUGAACACAUCCUCAAAUCCAAUUUCCCCAAACUACCCAAAAGGUUCCCACUCAACCACCGUCCUCUCCGACCUUCUCGGCGCCGGAAUCUUCAACUCCGACGGUGAACUCUGGCGUCUCCAACGCAAAACUGCCAGCCUUGAGUUCACCACCAAAACCAUUCGUUCCUUCAUCUUCUCCAACGUCCAUCUCGAGAUCUCUCGCCUCCAUAACGUCCUCCAUUCCUUCUCCCUCUCCGGCGAGGUUUUCGAUCUUCAAGAACUUCUCGACCGUCUUGCCUUCGACAACGUUUGCCAGGUGACAUUUGGUCAUGAUCCGGCGAGGCUGGACUCAUCGUCGGACGACAUCGACUCGGCGGCGUUCGCGCACGCGUUCGAGCGCGCCACGGCGCUCUCCGUGCGCCGCUUCGAGCACCCGUUCAUGAUCACCUGGAAACUCUUGCGCUUCUUCAACCUCAGCUACGAAAAAGAACUCAAAGACCAAGUCUCCAAAGUCCACGCUUUCGCCAUGCAAGUAGUUCGCCGGAGAAAAUCCUCCGGCGAACUCGGUGACGACUUGCUCUCCCGUUUCAUCUCCGAGUCCUCGUCUUACUCCGACGAGUUCCUCCGUGACAUCAUCGUCAGCUUCGUUCUCGCCGGCCGUGACACCACUUCCGCUACUCUCACUUGGUUCUUUUACCUCAUAUCAAUCCACCCGGAAGUGAAAACCAAGUUGCUCGACGAGCUGCGCGCAGUGCGCGCGCGUGGAGCGCGCGAAGGAGAGCUCACGGUCGAGCAAGUUAAAGGAUUGAACUACAUGCACGCGGCGUUAUCGGAGACGUUGAGGCUUUACCCGCCGGUGCCGCUGCAAACGAGGGCGUGUGCGGAGAGUGAUGUGUGGCCGGAUGGGACGAAGGUGAAGAAGGGAAGGACGGUGAUGUAUAGUGCGUAUGCGAUGGGGAAGUCGGAGAGGAUUUGGGGGAGUGAUUGGGAGGAGUUUAGGCCGGAGAGGUGGAUGGAUGAAGGGGAGUUUAGAGCAGUGAAUGCGUUUAGGUUUCCGGUGUUUCAUGCAGGGCCGAGGAUGUGUUUGGGUAAGGAGAUGGCGUAUGUGCAGAUGAAGACGGUGGUGGCGGCGGUGAUGGAGAGGUUUGAGAUUGAGGUGGUGGAUGAGGAGAAGAAGAAGAGGGAGGUGGAGUUUACUAUGAUUCUGAGGAUGAAGGGUGGGUUGCCGGUUAGGGUUCGGAGGAAGAUGAUGAUGAUGAUGAUGGAUGAUGAUGGAAAUGUUGAGAUUUGAAAGUU